CUAAAGGGGUUUGUUUUGAGGCUAGGCAAAAUAUUUUAUUUUAUAUCUAUACUUAUUAUUGUUGUCAGAACAAAUGGAAUAUUCAAGUCAGUGGUCAGAACCAAUCAUUGGUAGGAAUGCUCUGAGGAAUGUGACUCAGCCACCUGACUGACAUCAUAAUGAUGAGGUCACAAUGACCACCUUGGUGUCACCAGACAAAAGUUCCAUUUCACACCACUUGUUACCCACUAUUAUUCAAAGACAGCAGCUUUAUUGGUUCUCGUGGAUAGAUUUAUCUAUUUAUGAGCGUAUUAUGUACAUUUUUAUUUAACUUUUUUCCAGUAGUACAGUACAGUACAGUUGGUUAUGGACAGGACUAAUUCGAUGCCGCUUUCUAGGCUAAAAGAGGGCCGAAAUAAGCGCCAGGUGGAAAACCUGAGAAGUGGUGAUGUCCCCCUGAGGCCUGGGCCAAGGGUGCUGCCACCCAUCGGCUCUUCACCCCAGCUCCAGGGAGAUGCCAGCUCAUCCAUCUCGGCGUUAAUUGUGGACGACAACCCUGCGUUGCGAGACCACCUGGUCCCUGGAGACAGAUUGCAUUCUGGGACGUUCAAACCACGGAGUGUCCUGCGACCUCUGGGCAAAAAGAACCUGACAGGUCUUGACCACGCCCACCCACUGAAGCCACUGGUCCACAGGCCCGCCUCCAAGGAUGCUGCUCUCCAUGGAGGCAGCAGCAGCAGCAGCAGCAGCAGCAUCAGUGUCGUUUCCAUGGUGCCAGCUCCACCUACUGUUGCCAAGGCAACCGGUGAGAAGUCCAAGCACGUGAAGGCCAGGCGCUGUAAGAAAGUUUCCUCUGCUGACCCCAGGCCCAUCAGUAGUCGCCCGGACGACAAGAGCAUCAGUAGUGCCGAAAACCACGGCAACGGUUGCCAGGCCAGUCAGGUGAUGCAAGACCAGGAAGUGGAGUCCAUAAUGAAUGCUCUGGACGUUCUGCAGGAGAUCACGCAGGCCAAGACGUGGAUCAGACAGGAGAACACGCGUGCCGAUGAGGAGAGGGGGCUUCUCACUCAGAAGAACAUCAAGUCCUCAGAUGCCAUCGCAAACCAGAUAUUAGACCACUCAGGCAGUGCUGCGGGCACCAAAGUCAAACGCGGGAGGACCCAAAAGCAGCAGCAGCAACAGCAGCAGCAGCAGCACUCCUCCCUGCCGCCACUUGGUACAUCCACACCGUCACACACGUCAGGCAAUCACAAGCACUUUGGACAGUUCGGCGAUAGGCUGCCCUAUGUAAGGAAGACAUCAUCACUCAGUUUGUCCACCUUGGAAGAGUUAACCGAGGAGUCAGACAGAUCUGCGACAGUGAGUGAGGCGGAGGAAGAGAGGAAGUCAAAGGAGAGGAAGAGGAGGAAGAGCAUGAGCGUGAGAUCAGCGAGGCAGCCGAACGAUAAGGAGAGCGAGAACCAGCAGCUGCAUAUUGAGCAGCAGGUCAGGGAGGAGUCAGAGCAGCAGCAGGCUAGACGCGGCUCGACCAGCGUGGCCUACCCAGAGACUCUUCAGCAGGCCCUCAAGCUCCUCAGCACCCAGGACUGGUGA